AUGAGCUGUGACCGGGGCUUUUUUGGUGUCAGACCCCGUUAUUCCCGUGGUCUGUCAUACCCCUGGGUGGUUAGAGAGGGUACGGGGGCCGUGGGAGAAGGAGGAGGAGGAGGAGGAGAAGAAGAAGACGCCGGCAAAGCUCAAGAAGAGAAAGAGGAGGAAGAAGAAGAGGAUAAGAGGAAGAUGAGGAAGAAGAAGAAGAGAAAGGAGGAGGAUGAGGAGGAGGAGGAGGAGGAAGAAGUGGAGGAGGAGGAGGAAGAAGAGGAGGACGAAGAGGAGAAUGAGGAAGAGGAAGAAGAGGAGGAUGAGGAGGAGGAGGAGGAAGAAGAGAAAGAAGAGGAGAAUAAGAAAAGAGAGGAGUAG